CUCCGUGUGUCACCUGCGCACACUCAUUCGUGCCCGCGGGCUUCUACCCCGCACGGGGAAGGGGGAUUUCUCCAGGAAUAGGUCGGUUUCCGUGGCCCAGACAGUCCUUGCUCUCUGCUGAGCCUGACUGUACCGCCCAGCCGAGCCGUUUCUUCGCAGGAGAAGUGUUCGCGGCCCCUUGAUGAGACCUCUGCUGCUUCUCUGGGUUUGAUUCAUACGCGCAUUAGGAGAAUGGAUGUUUGGCACCAGAUCUGCUGCUGCUCCUGUGAACAAGAAGAGCCAGAGAACAAUCCACUCCUCAGCAGUGAGAUGCUCCGGUACUUGGAUCAGCUGGGGAAGCGCAAACGGGCCCAAGCCACCAACCUGUGGAACGAGCCGGUGGACGACACCCACAUGGAGCGCGACGAUGACCGCGAGCUCUACAACCUGCUGCAGAACCGGGCCAGGCUGCGCCGCGGCUCGGAGGGCUACCGACGCCUGAGCUUCGACAUCAGCGCCCACCGCCAAAUCCGCCGCGAGUUGAAGGACCGCUGGAGGCAGAUCCUAGAGGUCCUGGGGUUCAGCAGUGAGGCCCACAGCUUGCUCGACAUCACCUCCGCGGCCUCCUACAGCUCCCUGCGCCAGCCCCUGCAGGCCCGUCAGCUCCUCGCCGCCCUGGCCGACCAGACCAGCCUCUUCGACCGCCACUGCAGCCUCCCCGAGCGCUACCUCUUCGUCCUGGACCGGCUGCUCGUCCUGGAUGUGGGCGAUGACUUCCUCUCCGCCGCCCGGCACUACUACCCCCUAGAGGCCGAGGAGGGGCCCCCCAGUGAGGAGGAGCCCCCCAGCCAGGAGGCCACGCUGGUGACGCUGAGCCCGGCGCCCCGAGGGGGGGAGGAAGAGGAGGAGGAGGAGGAGGCCACAGUGAUGGAUGAAGGGUCCCUGUUGGUCAAGUUGAUAGAGUGAGGCCUGCCCUCGGGGCAGCCGGGCUGCUGACUCUCCGCUGAGAGCUGUCUGUUUGUUUAUUUCAGCCACCUGUUUUUUGUGUGCGUGUGUGUGUAUGUGUGUGUGUGUACACACGUACAGUGCCUAGCAUGGGA